AUGGUGUGGCUCAUGGUAUUUCAGAUAUUUUUAUUCGUCGUUUUGCUCAUUGCCCUGGGUGUCGUUUACUUUGUGUUCCUCUGGCACUCGGCCAGCAUCUCCUACAAUCCGUGCUCGUUCAACGUCUACAAGGAUGACUACCGACGAUUCCUACUCAGAUUCGCGUUGCCACACUCGAUCGGACAAAUCGUGUUUGCUCUAUUCCAAGUUAUUGUGAAACCGUUCUGGAAAGGAUUGUUCUGUCAUGCCUCAGGCUCCCUACAAGUUCUUUCAAUGGGCUUUGCUAUUUUCUACUAUCAUCGUCUGGUUCAUAACUACAAAUAUCGCUUCCUCGAGUGUCAGAACCGCGGACAUAUGGAUUUCAAGAAACCAUUUUUCUUGGAGCUCACCUCAUUUUGCGUAUAUGUACUCAUUUUCGCCUACUCGUCAGUUCUUUUCGUAGCUGAAAUCCAAUUCCCCUACGGAAUAUUCGCAGAGCCAUUUAUAGACCCGAACGUUGGAUGGGAUAUAUUUGAGUUCACAGGAAUGCAACGGUUUCUUACUGUAGCUGGUUCAUGCUUAUUGUUCGUGAAUCUCGGCCGGAUUAUUAAAAACUCAUAUAAUAUUCGUCGAUGGGAGGACGACCUGGAGGAAUGCAACCAUUUCUUUUUUCGUAAAUAUGUUUCUAAGAAUAUCGAACCACAUUUCAUCAAUGACUUCAUCCUCCUUUACAUCCCUACCCAAUACUUGCUCAUCAAUGGUUUUCCUGGCUUUCGUUUGAAUGGAUUUGAUGUUCUGGCGAAAUGGCUCAUCAGUGUCCACCCAAUCGGGUUCAUCAUUAUCUACAUGCUUCAAAUUAAGGCAGCGACGCUCAGAUCGAACAAAGACGAAAUGGAAUGCAGAUGCUGUGUGUGUCAAAAAAAGGACUUGGAACGAAGGACGUCGAAAGGCUAUUGUCGGUCUCUCGGUCUUAAGGUUAUGGGAUCGUGCGGCGGCGAGGACAAUGGAAUGGAAGAAGAAGGAGAAGGCGACCGAGUAGAACUAGGCGGCGAAGACAUUGCAGCAGGAGAAGGAGGAGCGGCGACGAAUGCGCACGAGCACCCGACCGAAACCACUCCGGCUAUGCACACCGACCAAAUUAGAGUAUCUGAAGACCUCUGA